UGUCCUCAGUGCACAAACCUAACCCAGGAAAUGUUCGCAACCCGGGGAGCCCUGUGUCAUACACGGCCGUCAAGGAGUGCCCCGGACCACGCGUAGCUAAUUAGCUAUCCUUUCCUUUUCCUAGGCAGUGAUUCCAUCAAAAUAUUAUAAAUACGGGAGUCCAUAGAGGCACAAAUCAAAGCAGCUAGAUAAGCCUUCUAGAGGAGUUACUGCACAGGAGAAAGGAUUCAUCACACUGUCCUACUGUCUACAUAGUUUCAAACUCCAUCUUUAUACUAGCAGUUUAGAGAGAUUCGAGAUCGUCUGAACUUCACUUCGCAGCUCUUUGAGAACCUUUUCAAUAUUGCACAAUUAGCAUUCCAGACCGGAAAAGAAAGGUGAAAGUAUAAGAUGAGUGUUAAGAUCAUUCUCCUCGCCGUAGUCGUUGCCGUGGCCGUCUUCGUCGUGGCCGGAGGCUACAUGGUGUUCUUCACUAACCUCCUUGGUUGGAAAAACAAGGGGGAGAUGGACUCGAUGAACAGCACAGAGGGCGCCCUGCCUCCUGAUGGUGAUCCAACCUUGACACCAGGUGAUGAAGAUGAAAUGGUUGAUGAGAUAUUUCCUGAUUUCAUGACCAAUGACGUCAAACUGAAAUUGAUCCUCAAGGCUCUCGAUAUAUUAAAGACGUUGGAGGGUGAAAAUCCUGACUACGUGAACUCCCUUCUCCCCAGCAAUGACGAAAUGACUGAUGAACUCAAAAUCCGUCUGAUACUACAGGCUAUCACACUGCUAGAAGAUAAGCCUUUGACAUCAACGUUUGCAGGUCACGUGGUAGCUCGACUGAAACUCACUCUUAUCCUGAAGGCAAUAUCUAUUCUCAAGUAUGGUAAUUUUCAGGAGGUGAAGGUGGUUUCUGACGACCUGAAAUUCAUUCUUGUCCGUAAGGCGCUCCACAUUCUCAAGGUUUACCAAGGAGAUUUUGAAGACACCGUUUUCCACACGAAGAACAGGCUCCAUCUCAAAUUUAAACUAACACUCCUUUACCUUUCCUGGCAUAAAGCGGGAAGACGCCAUGCCCGUGACGUCGGCAGCGUCUGGCCAAUCAGAGGAGAGGAGGCUGAUCACACAGGCAGCCAAUUGAAACCACGCGUGCGUGUGAGAAUUGACAAUGGCGCCCUGAUUCCCGAUGUCGACGUGUCCACGCCGAGCGCGAGCGGAGGUGAGGUGGAUGAGGGGAUCAGAGUAAAGCCGACCCUUCGGGUGAGAAUCGAUAAUGGCGCCCUCAUCCCCGAUGUUGUCACUACGCAGACGACAGCCAGAGGGCGGGUACUCCCUGGAAAGAAAAAACUUCUCAAAAUCUUCAAGUGGCUAAAGUGGUUGCCAUAGGUGACACAUUAUUCAGACAGCUGGGAAUUAAUCAUUAAUACUUACAGUUUGAUGAGGUGAAACUGUUAAUUUGGGACCCAAGAACUGUAUUUUAAAUCAUUCUCCUUCACGCCAUGAUCUUGUAACAUUAUUUUUUUGACCAUAAAAAAAUCUGCAUAUAUCUUUCCCAGUAUUUAGGACGUGGUAAAGUUUGAGUAAUGAGGAGAAAAUUCACAAGUUUCAGUCAGUGCUGUACAUUGUGAUUGAUGACCAAACUUACUCAGCACUGUAUGUGCGGGCACGUACGACUUGCUCAACAAAAAUAGAAAUCAAACACACGAAUCUGAAUUUUUAUCAACAACUGUUAAUUUAGGUCAUUUUAAAUUGUAAUCUGUCUGUAUGUAAUAUGUAACUUUGAUGUUUUAGCAAGGAUUAUUCGGAAAUAAAGGUUUCCGAAGUGAAUUAGCAUUUAUAGUC